ACUCCAUAAAACCCUUCUCCUCCUUCCCAGCACCGUCAGUCGGCUGCAGAUAGCUUGUUCGGUCUCUGAUCUGUUCGGCGAUUGUUGUUGGAGGGAAGGAGGCGACAAUGGAUGACGACUUCGACUUUGGGACGGGAGGCGAUGAUGCGAUGAACGAGGACAUGGAUCUUCCUGAUGUCGAUACGGCGCUCAAGGUCGGUGAGGAGAAGGAGAUCGGGAACCAGGGACUUAAGAAGAAGCUGGUUAAGGGGGGAGAUGGGUGGGAAACGCCCGAGGUCGGCGACGAGGUCGAGGUGCAUUACACUGGGACGCUACUGGAUGGUACCAAGUUCGAUUCCAGCCGCGAUCGGGGGACGCCCUUUACAUUUAAGCUUGGCCAAGGUCAAGUUAUUAAGGGAUGGGACCAAGGUAUCAAGACAAUGAAGAAGGGAGAAAAUGCCAUUUUCACUAUUCCCCCUGAGCUUGCUUAUGGGGAGUCUGGUUCCCCUCCAACAAUUCCCCCCAAUGCUACACUAAAGUUUGAUGUGGAGUUGCUUUCUUGGUCUAGUGUCAAGGAUAUAUGUAAGGAUGGGGGUAUCUUCAAAAAGAUCUUGAAGGAGGGGGAGAAAUGGGAGAAUCCAAAGGAUCUUGAUGAAGUUCUUGUAAAAUAUGAAGCUAGUCUUGAGGACGGCACUGUGAUAUCUAAAGUUGAGGAAGCUGAGUUCACUGUUAAAGAUGGGUUCUUCUGCCCUGCUCUUUCCAAAGCUGUCAAGACCAUGAAGAAGGGUGAAAAGGUGCUUCUUACCGUGAAGCCACAAUAUGGGUUUGGUGAAAAGGGUAGGCCUUCUUCUGGUGAAGAAGGCGCUGUACCUCCUAAUGCAACCUUGUUAAUUGAACUUGAACUUAUUUCAUGGAAGACUGUCACAGAGAUUGGUGAUGAUAAGAAAGUCCUAAAGAAAAUCCUUAAAGAGGGAGCAGGGUAUGAAAAGCCUAAUGAGGGGGCAAUUGUGAAAGUGAAAUUUACUGGAAAGCUGCAAGAUGGGACUGUGUUUUCAAAGAAGGGUCAGGAUGAAGAACCAUUUGAGUUCAGAACUGAUGAAGACGAAGUAAUUGAAGGAUUAGAUCGAGCUGUCCUAACCAUGAAGAAUGGAGAAUUUGCUCUUGUGACCAUUCCACCAGAACAUGCCUUCGGUUCCACUGAAUCAAAGCAGGAUCUUGCUGUAGUUCCUCCGAACUCAACUGUUAUUUAUGAAGUGGAGCUAGUGUCAUUUGUGAAGGAUAAAGAGUCUUGGGACAUGAAUAAUGCGGAGAAGAUCGAAGCUGCUGCAAAGAAGAAGGAAGAAGGAAAUGCAUUGUUCAAAGUGGGAAAAUAUGCUAAAGCCUCAAAGAGAUAUGAGAAGGGUGCUAAGCUCAUAGAGUAUGAUAGCUCAUUCAGUGAAGAGGAAAAGAAGCAGUCCAAGGCAUUGAAGGUUACCUGCAACCUUAACAAUGCAGCCUGCAAGCUAAAGCUUAAGGACUACAAGGAGGCAGAGAAGCUCUGUACCAAGGUGCUUGAGGCAGAAAAUACAAAUGUCAAAGCCCUUUAUAGAAGAGCACAAGCUUACAUUCAAACUGCAGAUCUGGAUCUAGCGGAGUUGGACAUCAAGAAAGCACUUGAGAUUGAUCCUGAUAACAGGGAUAUAAAGCUGGAAUACAGGACCUUGAAGGAGAAAAUGAAAGAGUACAACAAAAAAGACGCCAAAUUUUAUGGUAAUAUGUUCGCCAAGAUGAAGAGGUUGGAACCUGCUGCGGAGUCCAAUAAAUCUGAAGGGCAGAAGUUGCAGGAAAGCGAACCCAUGAGCGUAGACAGUGCUGCUUGAUCUUUUUCAUCAAAACAAUUCAAAGGGGGGAUUAUCUUAUUAUCUUUUGCCUGGUUCCAUCUUUUAUUUCCUAUUAUUCUGAACUCAAAAUACUGAAAUUUAGCCGGCUACCAACGAGUAUAUGAGGCGUUCAAUGUAGAAAAUUAUAUUAUAUGCGUUUGGUUUAUGGUUUCUGGCUUGGAACAAUCUUUUGAUGUUGUUCUUGGUGCUUUAUUUGUUUGUGGCUGA